AUGAAUGCUUCGUGCUGUCUGCACUCGGCUCAACCAAUGCUGCCUAACAGCUCAGAGCACGUCGCUGCCCCUUCCUUCAGCAACCAGAGCAGCAGCCGCUUCUGUGAGCAAGUCUUCAUCAAGCCCGAGGUCUUUCUGGCCCUGGGCAUCAUCAGCCUGCUGGAAAACAUCCUGGUCAUCCUGGCCGUGGUCAGGAACGGCAACCUGCACUCCCCCAUGUACUUCUUCCUCUGCAGCCUGGCCGUGGCCGACAUGCUGGUGAGCGUGUCCAAUGCCCUGGAGACCAUCAUGAUCGCCGUGGUCAACAGCGACUACCUGACGUUGGAGGACCAGUUCAUCCAGCACAUGGACAAUGUCUUUGACUCCAUGACCUGCAUCUCCCUGGUGGCCUCCAUCUGCAACCUCCUGGCCAUUGCAGUCGACAGGUACGUCACCAUCUUCUACGCGCUCCGCUACCACAGCAUCAUGACCGUGAGGAAGGCACUGGCCCUGAUCGCCGCCAUCUGGCUGGGCUGCGGCAUCUGCGGUGUGGUGUUCAUCGUCUACUCCGAGAGCAAGAUGGUCAUCGUGUGCCUGGUUACCAUGUUCCUUGCCAUGCUGCUGCUCAUGGGCACCCUCUACGUGCACAUGUUCCUCUUCGCCCGGCUGCACGUCAAGCGCAUCGCCGCGCUGCCACCCGCUGACGGAGCGGCCCCGCAGCAGCACUCCUGCAUGAAGGGGGCGGUCACCAUCACCAUCCUGCUGGGGGUCUUCGUCUUCUGCUGGGCCCCCUUCUUCCUCCACCUGGUCCUCAUAAUAACCUGCCCCACCAACCCCUACUGCGUCUGCUACACUGCCCACUUCAAUACCUACCUGGUCCUGAUCAUGUGUAACUCCGUCAUCGACCCGCUCAUCUACGCCUUCCGGAGCCUGGAGCUGCGCAACACCUUCAAGGAGAUCCUCUGCAGCUGCAACGGCAUGAACUUGGGAUAA